UAUGAGAGAGAAAGUCAACUUUCUUCUCUCCCCAUUAGCAACAUUUUUCUCUGUCUGUGUUUGUGUCUUUUUUCUUGUUCAUUUCUUUUUUUUUCCUUCAAUCGUUUCAUCAAUUGUGUGUUUUGCUUUUGGUUAAAUUAUCGUGCUAACAAUUAACCAUCACAUGAGAAUAAAAGUUUGUUCUUUUACAAAGGAAACUAUUUAAUUCAACAACGUUCUUUUCCACAUAUUCUCAGAAUUUUCUUUUCCAUCAGCAACAAUUACAAUCUAAUUCUAUCAAAAGAUUUUUUGGAACGAACCCUUUAUUAAGAAUGGCUACUCAAGUUGAAGUUAAAUUCACUCAGAUUUUCAUCAACAAUGAAUUUGUUGAUUCUGUUAAUGGUAAAAAAUUUCCAACAAUUAAUCCAUCAACUGGUGAACAAAUUUGUUUAGUUGCCGAGGGAGAUUCAGCAGAUAUUAACAAGGCUGUUGCAGCUGCAAAAGAAGCGUUUAAACUUGGAUCAGAAUGGCGAACUAUGGAUGCCUCAGCUCGUGGUAAAUUACUUAAUAAACUUGCAGAUCUUAUUGAACGUGAUGCUGAUUACCUUGCGAAACUGGAAACUUUAGACAAUGGAAAACCUUAUAAAUUGUCUUUGGGUGAUGUUAACGGUGCUGCAGCUCAUCUUCGUUACCAUGCUGGUUGGGCUGAUAAAGUACAAGGUAAAACUGUUCCUAUGGAUGGUGAUCAUUUUUCUUUCACUCGAGUUGAACCUUUCGGUGUUUGUGGUCAAAUUAUCCCAUGGAACUUUCCUCUCGAGAUGUUCGUCUGGAAAAUUGCUCCAGCCUUGUGUUGUGGUAACACUGUGGUUCUUAAACCAGCCGAGCAAACACCCUUGACAGCUCUUUAUGCUUGUUCGUUGAUUAAAGAGGCAGGAUUCCCCGCCGGUGUUGUUAAUGUUGUUCCUGGUUAUGGUCCAACUGCCGGUGCUCCUUUGGUUACUCAUCCUGAUGUUGCUAAAAUUGCAUUUACUGGUUCAACUGAAGUUGGUAAGAUUAUCUUACAAUCAGCUGGAAAAGAUUCAAUUAAAAAGGUAUCACUUGAACUUGGUGGUAAAAGUCCAUUGGUAGUUAUGAAUGAUGCUGACAUCGAUCUUGCUGUUAAUAUCGCUCAUGAAGCUUGUAUGUUUAAUCAAGGUCAAUGUUGUUGUGCUGCAACUCGAACUUUCGUCCAAGAAAGUAUUUACGACGAGUUUGUACAAAAGAGUCGUGAACUUGCUUUAAAACGAACUGUUGGUGAUCCAUUUAAUGAUUCAACUGCACAAGGUCCACAAAUUGAUGACGAUCAAUUCAAGAAGAUUUUAAGUCUAAUUGAAGAUGGAGAAAAGGAAGGAGCUAAACUCGAGUGCGGAGGUAAAGCCGUUGGAAACAAAGGUUACUUUAUCCAACCAACUGUUUUCUCUAAUGUCAAGGAUAACAUGAAGAUCGCUGUUGAAGAAAUUUUCGGUCCUGUUCAACAGAUUCUUAAAUUUAAGACUUUAGAUGAGGUUAUCGAACGAUCAAAUGAUACAACUUAUGGAUUAGCCGCUGGUAUCAUAACCAAAGACAUGGACACCGCCUUAAUGUACACUCAAGGAGUUCGAGCGGGAACAGUUUGGGUUAACACUUUCCUCAGUUUAGGACCACAAAUGCCAUUUGGUGGUUACAAAAUGUCUGGUGUUGGCAGAGAAGGAGGAGAAGACGGAAUCAAAGAAUACUAUCAAGUCAAAUCUGUUGUUGUCAAGAUCCCAAAGAAAAAUGCCUAAAAAAGCAUAUCGGGUUGAUGCUUUAAAAGAUUUCCAUUAAUUUUAACAUUACCAAGGAUAUUAACUUGUUACUAGAGCUUCAAAGAUUAAAUCUUUAACAUUUUAAUGAUGUACUUUGCAAAUAAUAUUAAAAAUAAUUAACUAAUCAAAUUAAUAUAAAAUUCCAUCGCCUGCAAAUAGUAAAGUAAAUGAGGUUAAACGACAACGAUCUCGAGCAAUUAAUACUUCAGUAUUACCCGUUCUUAAAGAGGAAAUGUCAAUGACUAUGGUCAAUACUCGAGACAUUUCAUCAAUAAAUGAGAUUCCUGAUUGGAUUAAAUUGGAAGCUGAAAGAUGGGAAACUGAAUUAGAUGAUCGAAAAGUGGAAUUGUGUCAAACUUAUCCUUUAUCGAAUCGUGGACUUGAGCUUCGUAAUUAUUUUCAACUUUUUCAUGAGCAAAUGGAAAUUCUUAACAAUCAGCUGAUGGAAAGUCAACAAAGAAAUAAUGUUUAUCAGAAUCAAAUUAGUGAAUUAGUUACCCAAGUAGCUCAAUUGCGAAGAGAGCAAAGGAAAGUUACUGGUCAUUUCUGUAUAAUUAUCUAAUUGACCAAUUUAAUCAACUAACUCUCAACAUGUAAAUAAAAUAAUAUAUCGAAAUUUUCUUUCCAAA